AUGAUGGCCAGUGUCUUGACUGCCGCACAAGAGCAGAUCAACAGCGGCGCAGAGCUCCAGACCCUGCACGACCUCGUCCACAUGCUCCCCGACAAUUUCGAAGCAUCUGGCGACACCGGUAAGGGCAGCAAAGGAAAGGGCAAUGGCGGUUGCAAAGACAAGAAGAACCAAAAAGGGGUCACCAAGUGGCUACAGGCGUGGGAGAAGGAUCUUACUCCUAUCCCACAAGAACUUCCUGCCAAGGUGGAAGCCGUUACCGGCAAUGCGCUCUUCUCGCGUCUUGAGGACAUGGGCCCCACCAACCUUACCAACAUGGUGCUCCUGGCCAAGGGGCUACGAGUUACCCACCUUGAGACCAUGUGUGAGGAAGAGAAGGCCAUAUUCGUCACCAGCCUGCAGGUCGACCUGAACACUUGGCGUGGACGCAUACACAAAGAUGGUUGCGUCCGCCAAGGUUGUCACUUCGAGACCACGGAGCUGCUGGCUGAAGAUGCCCUUCCUUCUCCGUGGUCAGAGCACGGUGGCAAGGUCAUGUGCUUUGCGCACUUUCAGGAGGCGGUAAUCGCCAAAAAGUACGUCCCUCUCUUCGCAACCAUGUUAUUGACAACUAGCCUCGUCCCCGAUUUCAGCUGGUACCUCCAUGUGCUCACCACGUCUCCAACAGCCCUUGGUACAGGUGCCACCUUGGAGAACCUCGGAGGUACAUUCUUGCGUUGCUGGGGCCCCUUCUGUUCCAACGAGCACCGGCAAUGUACCGCCUCCAAGGCGUCCGGCAGUCUGACGGCCGGAAUCAACAAGCACAUCCAGGUGCAGGUGGCCAAGAUUCAAGCCUUGGCUACGGCGCGCCGUGUACUUGUCACCGAACUGCCAGCCGAGGAAAGGCACAUCUUCACUGCGGAUAAAUCGGAUGCGUUGGUGCAGGCUCCCUGUGGCGACCGCCACGUUGGCCAAUUCGGCUGCCGCCGUUUCGUUGGCACGCACGACAAGUCAACCAUGUUCGUCGUCCAUAACAGGACUGGCCAGCCAAUUUGCUCACCGUGCGCCUCCUACCUUCCCGGCGCGAUCCGUACAAUGGACGCGUUCGUUGGGAAAACUCAAAACAAAGAACGCGCGGCAAUUGUCAACGCGUUGGUCACGGCUGUCAAGAGCAUCCGCACAGACGCAUAA